GUUGAAUCAGCAGAAGAAGGGACGUGAGAAACAAGAAGCACCGACUGAAUGAGAGCGAAGUGGAUUGGAAGUGAGAGUGGAGAGAGAGAGAGAGAGAGUGAUGAAGAAGAGAGUGCGGAACAGCUGACGGUCAAAUGCCCGAACCGAGGAGAGAGAGUCGCAUUGGAAGAUGGUACAACGCGAGGUGCACUUUGCAAUGCGAGACAGAGAGAGAGCGUGUGUGGUGUGUGAAGGAAGCGAGAGUGUGGUACGAGCGAGGAAGAGAGAGAGUAAGGGGUGCGGAGAGUAGAGAGCGGAGCCAUUGGAUCGGAGAAGCGGGAAUGGGGAUGGUCGGUCACGCAUUGGGAUGAGCACAGCGCGCAGAGGACGAAGUGCUCAAAGAGAAGGAGACAGGAGAGCGACACUUGUGGAGAAGAGGAGGCGGCGGGGGGCGGGGGAACGGGAACAGGGAAGGGAAGACGAUGGAGUAACGGAAGAGCCAGCAAAUGGCUGAAGCACAACAAGCAUCAUUGCUGUAGAAGGGACGAGUAUUACGUGACGGUGAAGCAGGUCGCAAGGACAAAGCCCAUCAGGAAGGGCAGGAUGGACAACCCUGGAAAGCAAGACAGCAUGAUUUGGAAAAAAAGGGUAGAAUAACAAGAAAAAGAGAGAAACAAAGGGGGACUGGGUUUCUGAGAAAGUGGGGAAUAAUAUCAGAAACAAAAAAAUCAGUAAAGAGUGCGUAGAGUCCUCGGAAGAAGGAUGGAACGAAAAGCUCACAGUCACACUCGAUCGACGCAAAGCACCUAAAACUGAUCGGCUCAGUUCUCAAUUGCACUGACUUUGGCUUGCUCUGAGCAUCAUUGUCGCUUCUUCGCCUGAUAAACAAGUGGUUGUUGUGCUUUCUCUCGUCGUUUCUUGGAUUUGAGAUCUGCUCUUUUGCCAUGGCGCUUGCGGGAUUGCAGCGAUCGUCGCCGCUGCGCUGGCUGGAGCCAAUGCGAAUGAUGACGGCCAUCCAGAGCGCGUGUGGCCAUCGCGACCAUCCAGCACGACCAGCUGCGGUGAUCAGGACUGCGCUGCGAGGGCAUAUCGAUGCCAGGUCUAUGGCGACGCUGCUAGGGGUGCGACAGGGUUCACAACUACCGUCAGGACGAGGAGAGUUCGAGCUCAAGUUGGACACGAGGAUGGCGAGUCGGAGCUACGUGACCGAGGCAUCGUCCUCACAAACGCAGACCCAGACCCAGACCCAGACCCAGACCCAGACCCAAACUCAAGAUGCUACAAGAUCAGAGCACAUGAACGACACUGGACGUGCAGAUCCGAUGGAAAUGCUGCAACUGCAAUCCACGCAAGUCUACAUUUCAACAAGUACCAAUCCAUGGUGGAAUCUUGCUCUCGAGGAGUGGUUUACGAGAAAUGUCGAUUGUGCAUCACACCAGCAAUUGUUCCUGUAUCGGAACUCGCCUUGCGUUGUCAUUGGUCGAAGUCAGAAUCCUUGGAAAGAGUGCAACCCUGCCUUUCUUGCAGAACAUAACAUUGCCUUCCUGCGGCGGAAAAGCGGCGGUGGCACCGUCUUCCAUGACGAACAAAACCUUAAUCUGUCCUUCUUGACCAAUCGCACAAGUUUCAACAAGCAACGCAAUUCUCUGUUUGUGGCGCGCACGUUGCACUCGAGGUUGGGAAUUCCUGCAUCCUUGACUCCACGCAACGACGUGUUUCUAAACGAAAAGAAAAUAUCUGGGUCAGCCUACCGACUUGUCAGUCGAAGCGCCUACCAUCAUUGCACACUGCUCGUGGCCACGGAGCUUUCCAGCCUCCGGCAAAGUCUUCAGCACGCAGCGCAACGGAUUGAAACGAGAGCCAUCGAUUCGGUUCGGUCGCCAGUGACGUCGCUCCACAGCUCUGGCCAUCCCGUCACGGUGGAGGCGGUCUGUGAUGUCAUUUCGCAGCAGUUUCUUCACGAGACCGGUGCAGCGCUAGAAUUGGAGCCCCAACUGGUCAAUCCAAUCGACGAAGUAGCAUAUCCCGGAAUCACUGCCAUGUGUGAAGAAUUACAGAGCUGGGACUGGACGUUUGGACAAACCCCGGUCUUCACACAGACUCUCACAAGCGACGACGUUGUGCGUCGCAGCCAAGUCGAUCACUUUACCGUCACGGUGAAGUGCAACGAUGCUCGGAUCGUAGACUGUGCCAUCAGCAGUCAGAAUAACCAGCUUGAUCAGUCAGCCAUCGACGUGCUUCAGGCUGCCAUGAUUGGCCUACGAUAUGGCUCACGGGAAUCGUUGGUCGAAGCCUUGGAGCAAGCUCGCCAGAGGCUGGGCCCUUCGUUCCACCACAACGGCCAUCUCCACCACUUGUGCGACGUAAUCAGGCAGUUUGCAUAG